AUGGUGAAGAAAGGAGAAAAGGCCUUCAGGCCUUAUAAAUUGCCGCGAUAUUUACCGGGUUCAGUAGCCAAGGAAAUCCUCAUCACCGAUCUUAAGACAUACAACAUGCAUCGAUUCAAUAUUUUCAGCGCAACUCCGGCGAUCGACGCGAAACCGCCGGGUAUGAAUCCGUACAAUUACAUCAAUUUGCGCAAAUUCCAAGAGGACGAAGGACGAUUGAGGGAUAUCGAACGUGAUAACAAGGAGUUGAUAGCCAAAAUUAAUAUAAUCAACAGAACCAAAGGUGUUAUAAACUGUUGGCCCGAUGAAAAUUCGUUCAGGACCAAUUCUAAAUGGCAGGCGCACGUUAACAACAUGCACAGGAUCAACAAGGAGAAUGUGGCUAUGUACAAAAGGAUUUGCGAAAGCUACUCGAAUUAUCCUCGAAAAGCGCACUUGGAGAACCACAAAAUGCAGUAUCAACAAAUGAAGGACGUGUGCAAAUAUCCUUUGGUACCUCUUCACGGACCUCCUUUAGAUGAUUUACUUCAAGAUGAACCAUCUAUUAGCAACGGUUUGGUACAAGUGGAUUCUCGACCAAAAGUAUUUAUGGAUUUUUCUAUUCAAUGGGGUCCAUGUCUGACAAAAUUGGGAAGAGUUGUGAUCGAGCUGUACGCGGAUUGCGCCCCAAACACAGUGAAGAACUUCUUGACCAUCUGUCAAGGCAACAAAGGUUGGACUUAUGAAAAUUGCAAAAUCUACAGAUCGAAAAGAGAUAAAUACUUUGAGACUGGAGAUAUUACUUGUGGUAAUGGUAGAGGAGGUCACUCCAUUUUCGGACCUACCUUUGACGAAGAGGAGAACGAUUUGAAGCAUACGAAGCAAGGUGUGUUAUCGAUGGUUCGUUUGGACCUGACCACGAACCACAAAAACAAUUCGCGUUUCUCCGUGACUAUGAACCCGAUGCCCGAACUUGAUGGAAAACGGUUGGUCUUCGGGAAAGUCAUCAAGGGCAACAAAACCCUCUGCAAGAUCAACGACACUUCUAGAAAGGAUGGGGCUCCCAUGGAGAAGAUCCUGAUCACCAAAUGCGGCGAUUAUCCGGAGAGGCAAUUGGACAUUAUCGUCUGUAACAUUGAGCAUUAA